CGCGCCCUUUUUUUAACGUGUCAUGAAUUCAAAAAAGUUUCAAAUUCUUAUUAUUUUAUGUUUUAAUUAUCAAGUUGUGGGAUUCAAUAGUAAUGACAUAUGCUAGCUUGCAAAAAGCAGAAAACGCAAGUUAUUGGGAAUAUGUCGGUGAAGGGAAUCAAAAUUUGGUUGUUAGAUAUAUUGGAAAUGAUUCUAUCUUUAAAAGGAAAGCUUUACGUAUAUUAAAAUGCGAUGAAUCCGAGAUCAAGAUCCCAACUAAGCAUGACAUUCUAUUUAAACAACAGUUCAUUGAAAGAAUAAUUAGAAAAUUAGUUGGUCAUGAAUACAUACUGUUGAUGCAACCUGUAAAUACUUCUUCCUCAUUCCUAUCUCAAUUGGCACAAAACAUUGAACAUGUAAGACCCAUUUCUCGAAGAAAAAAGAAAAUCAUUACAACUACAUGCAUUUCAUUUCUUAUGGAUGAUUUAACACAAUUAUGGCCUAACUCACCUUCACUUACGCUUGAAUUAAAGCCUAAAUGGGGAUUUAAACCUUCAUCUCCAUUCGCAAAUGAGAUAAAGAAAAAAUACUGUCGUUUUUGCAUGCAUUCUCAUCUACGUGGAGAUCUAUUAAAAGAAUAUUGCCCACUUGAUUUAUACUCAGGAGAUCCUGAACGAAUCAAAAAGGCAUUGACUAUUUUAUUCAUGAAUAUACCACAAACAAAGACACUUCGAAUUACAUUUGCUCAUAAAAUCAAUGAACAGCCGUCAAAAGUAAAAGACGUUUAUCAUUUGUUAUCUAAUGACGAUGGGCUGAUACAAGAAAUACUAGAACAUAUCCUUUUAGAGGAUCCAAUUCUAAGGAAACUAAAAAGAUUACAAUCAACUUUAGAUGAAUUAGAUAUCGAAGGCAUAUUACCACUUUAUAAUCAACUUGAUACCUCUUUAGAAACGCAAGAUAUUGAAAUUUGGGAAGAUGUCCUGGCAAAUUAUGAAGCAGAACAAAACGACCUUAGUGUUAAUAACAGAAAGCAAAAAAUCUACGAAUAUUUAUUAUCAAUGACAUUUAAGGAUUGCUCUAUCAUGAUCAAUAUUGCUCCAGCAGCAGUAGCCAAUAGUCACAAAAGUAUCAAAUGUAGACAUCUUUUGUUUCAAUAUGAUCUUAAAGUAGUUGAUACAGAUUUGAAAAAUAUAGACAAAAUACCUUAUUGGUAUACUUUAGAUCAAUCAAUAGUACAUAACACGUUAAAUACCAAAUUUAAGAAACAAGAAUGUCUAUCAUAAUAAUAAUGAUAAUAAUAAAACCUAAUAAUUGACCUUGUUUUUCUGUAUUAUGUUAAGCAUAACAUUUGUAAGUUUCACUAGAAUUGUAUGAUAUAUUCAAG